GAGAGCCUGGUGUACCCUGCAGGAAGAGGCAGAGAGCCGUGAUGAGGACCAGGCAGGGGCUCCACAUUUUUCCAGCAUUUUCUCCUGUCUUAGACAUUUAGUGUGUCGUACCAUCUCUCCUGUACACACAUCCAGAUCAGCUUGAAACCUCUGAAGUGCCCUGGUGCCAAUAUAACGGUGCGCUUUCAGACCUCCGCCCUUUUCUGUAGGACUCUGAGGAGGUUUCAUAGAUUGCAUACCUCAUUUUGUUCGUACAGUGGUCACAGUGAGGGCGAGAUGAUCUGUCGGGCAGCACCAAACUCCUCCAGACGUAUGAACUAGGAUGACACCGGAUAUUUCCUGUUGCAGACACUGGUGACUUUUGCGCAGCAUCCCUGUUGGCUUCUACAGGAAUAAAAAUGCAUCAUAACCAGGAGGAGCAGUCGGUAAACCCAAUUACUGCGCAGCACGGGACAACACAGCCCAGUGACUCCUCCAACAGCCUGGGGAGCAGCUUGGACAGCGGCCUCACAGUCACCCAGCCACCUGCUUACUGCAAGCUGGAGUUCAAGAGACACGCAGUGACAGAUGACUAUAAGAUCACAGCUCAGGUCCUUGGCCUGGGAAUAAACGGGAAAGUUCUGGAAUGUUACUGCAAGAAAACCGGAGAGAAAUGUGCCCUCAAGAUCCUGUACGAUACUCCUAAAGCCAGACGGGAGGUUGAGCUGCACUGGCGAGUUUCCGGAGGUCCCCACAUUGUCCGAAUACUCAGCCUGUAUGAGAACAUGCACCAGGGGAAGAAAUGUCUCCUCAUCGUCAUGGAGUGUAUGGAGGGAGGGGAGCUGUUCAGCCGCAUUCAGGCCAGAGGGGACCAGGCCUUCACAGAAAGAGAGGCGUCAGACAUCAUGCAUGACAUCGGCACGGCCAUAGAGUACCUCCACCUCAUGGACAUCGCCCACAGGGAUGUAAAGCCUGAAAACCUGCUCUAUACCACCAAGGAGAGUAACGCCACACUAACACUGACUGACUUUGGUUUUGCUAAGGAGACGACGCUGCACAACGCCCUCCAAACUCCCUGCUACACUCCUUAUUAUGUUGCCCCAGAGGUGCUUGGGCCAGAGAAAUAUGACAAAUCAUGUGACAUGUGGUCUCUGGGCGUAAUCAUGUACAUUCUAUUGUGUGGGUUUCCUCCAUUCUACUCAAACACAGGUCAGGCCAUCUCUCCAGGCAUGAAGCAGAGGAUCAGGCUGGGCCAAUACGAGUUCCCCAACCCUGAGUGGGCUGACGUUUCUGAGGAAGCCAAACAGCUCAUCAUUCAGUUACUGAAGACAGACCCCAGUGAGAGGAUGACCAUUGGACAGUUCAUGAACCAUCCCUGGAUUAGUCAGUCAUGGGUGGUCCCUCCGACACCCCUCCACACCUCCCGUGUUUUGACGGAGGACAAGGAGCUGUGGGAGGAUGUGAAGGAGGAAAUGACCAGCGCCCUGGCCACCAUGCGUGUCGACUACGACCAGGUGAAGAUCAAAGACCUGGACACGUCCAACAACCCUCUGCUCAACAAGAGACGCAAGAGGCCUGUGCCUGGAGGAGCCAACUCAGGAGGAGGAGACGGUGAUGGAGGAGAUGGAGGAGUGGUGUGUAAUAGUCACAGAGAAGUAACGUUUUCUGAAGAGCAUGGGGAAAUGAUCAUUGGACAGAAGUAGUUUAAAAUUAUGACAGCCAGAUUGAUCAGUUUACAUAUCACUUAUUGUAUUUUACUUUCUCCUUCUUUGUAUCACUGCACUUCAGUAGUCUAAUUCAUGUCAUUUAUUUUGACUGUCACCACUCUAA